AUGCAGCUACACCUAGCCAUCACUUGGCUUCUGCUGCUUUGCAUCUACGUGGUGAAGGGUGCGUUUGAAUGUCGCUAUCAUGCUCACAAGACCUUCUAUUCUGCUGACUCAACUCUUUGCUCUCUUGGUGGAUGCUGACCUGUACAGGCGAUGGCAACGACUGGGUAUCUCCUCUCUAUGUCAUCACCCGUGGUGAAUCGUAUUCUGCCUCGACUGGAAGCGCGGCCGAAAAGCGCAUCAUAGGCGCAGCAGUAUGGAGCGCAGCCAAGGGGCCAUGGAGCGUAGUAGAUCAAAAUAUCCGCGCUCCCAGCAAAGAUGCCAAGGACUAUCUCAGCUGGGCUCCGUACUGGUUCCCCGACUGCAAUUGGUGCAAGAGCGGAACUGGUACGCAAAGCGAUGGUGAUGACGAUGGUAGCGAUGAUACCAGCGAUGGCGAUAUGUCGCUUGGACCAAUCGCUCCAGGCACCGCAACGAUUCCACUGCCGGGCCUUGGUGGUGUUGCCAACGCUCCUAAGGAUACCAUGACUGUGCCGACCUUGGGCAAGAUGCCAGCGCCCACGCGUGCUGCGUCACCUCCCAUUGCCCUACUUCCGGAAGAUGGAAAGCGCCUGCCCACCAUGACAGUCGCGCUUCAGCAACCAGCUGUUCUCAAUGCAGGUCAAUCAUUUCAGAGACUGUCGGGAGCCGGAAAAAUUGACUCUCUCUCCAACUUGAACAGCACGAGAAUUGACGAUGCACGCUCGCCAGAGGAAUUCAAAGAGUCCUCGUUCCUUGCCGCAUCUGCUGCACUCACGGCGUCCUCUUCAAACGGCACGCCGGCAGGACCAAUUCCUCUGGUUCAGAUCGCAGCGCGAGAUCAUUCAGACGAUGCCCGAGCGGCGGCCAGGGGAAAGGUUGGAGAAAUCACGCCCUCGCGAGCGACGGCAGACGGCUGCCAUACAGCCAGUCAACAUCUCAACGCAAGAGCUUCAAAGUGCACACCAUCUACCACGCGCGUGGCACCCACUGCUACUUGGACUACAUGCCCUUACAAGCAACGCGACGGAAAGGUGAAUCCGGAUGUGAAGCAGCUCAAUAAUACCAAGGACAUUGUAUCGAUGGCUCAAAGCGUGUUGUGGAACGGAGUAGCAUACGGUCUCUCUAACGACUCCACGGAUGCUCGGCGAGCUUCAACACUCAUCAAGCGCUGGUUCUUGGAUGCUAGAACCGGUGUCAAUCCCAGAGUCGUCUAUGGGCAGGUCAUCCGCGGACCUGAUGAUCAGCAAGGUGGCUAUACGGGAAUUCUUGAUUGGAGAAUGAUUAUCAAGGUUGUCAAUGCGGUAAUCAUUCUGCGCGCCAAAGGCUCGGAGGGCUGGGACAGCGUGACAGCAUCGAGCAUGUCUGGUUGGGCAAACGACUACUUGUCGUGGUUGCUCACUUCUGCUGACGGCAAAAGAGCUUCAAAGGUAGCGAACAAUCAUGUUUCCUUCUACUACAACCAGGUCAUUGCACUCUACAUUCUUUUGGGAGACCUCAAAUCAGCUCAAAAUGCCGCCAAUACCUUUUUCACUGGCGCAUUCAUGAAGCAGAUUUCAGAUGACGGCGAGCAGCCAUACGAAGCCGUUCGGACAAGACCUUUCCACUAUCGAUGCUUUAAUUUGGAGGCACUCAUCACAAACGCAAAGCUGGCAGAUAACAUGGGACUGAACAUGUGGAGCGCGAGGGCUGAAAGCGGAGCUACCAUUCAGACGGCUGUGGAUUACACCAUGACCCUAGACGCGGGCAUGACGGGCGAAGACGUGACGGAACUAGCUCCUCACGUAGCUGCUGUCGCUGCUGCAUACGGAGACCCGUCCGGCAAGUACGCCAAGUGGCUCGAAGAUGAGAAUAAUAGCGGUGAUCCGGACAUGAAUCAAAGCUGGAGAUUCUACAACGAUCCAGAUGCCUUCUAUUCCAGCCCUUAUAAAGGUGAGCAUAUAGUUAGCAGGGUCUCGUCCCGUGAAGAUACCCGCACUAAGUAGACGCCUACAACUCGCUCAGGACACACAACAAGUUCUCAAAAGUUCAAUUCGUGA